AUGCAGAAUUUACUUACUACACAUUCACUCCUAUUUCCUGCACUGCUCUCAUACAGGAUAGUAAAUGCAGCACUAAUUAAGACACACUAUGAACCAGAUGAAUAUUUCCAGUCAGUAGAAGUAGCCAUGAACACAAUCCUUAAUAAGACAACUUUCACAUGGGAAUGGUUCUUCGGUAUACGGUCCUUCGUAUUCGUAUGCCUGUACAUUUUGCCACUUUUAGUAUUGCGAUGGGUUACCAAAAUACUCUCGUCCUGUAUUAAUGCGUACACUAAUAUAACCGUAUCACACGAAUUAUUAUUCAUGAAGUACUCCCCGUAUAUAAUUAAACUAAUUGGUGCCACUGUAUCUGCUGUAUCUGACUAUAGUACUAUUAUAUCGUAUAAGUUAUUACACAAUGUGUCAUAUAUUCCGUACGAAGUACUAAUCACAACUGUGCUUAAUAUUGGCUUGUGGCUGUACAGCACACGGUCCCAUAUAAAUUCAGUUGAGAGUGCCCUCACAAUAUAUAUUACACAUAGGUUAUUAAGUAUUAGUAAGUGCAAGGAUAAGACCACUAAAAUUAUCUCUCAUUUACUUACUGUGCUAUUAUCCAUAAUUACUGUAUAUAUUAGACCUACUUCUAUUAUUAAUAUUGGCUGUAUAUGGAUAUAUUCAGUGUAUAAGGAAGUCCUUUCAUUUGACAGGGCAUGGCGUGUCAAGGAGAAGAAAGUUGAAAAUAUUUUUAAUUUUUUAAAGUAUGCGAAUUUAUAUAUUACACAUAGUAGGAUAAUUAGUGUCACUAAUAUUAUAUCGUGUAUUAUGGGUGUAUUACUGUGCGUACUGAUUGAUUCAUUAUUUUAUAAGGAAUUAGUCUGCAGUGUAUACGAAUUUUAUAGGGUUAAUAUUAUGUAUAAGGUAUCUCACGUAUUUGGCACUUUACCGUUUAUUUAUGCGAUUUUAUUUUUAUUUGUUUUGCUGGGCGGGUAUACGGGCAUGUUAUUUAUUACGCUAUGUAGCAGAAGUAUUACGUACUUAUCGAUUGAGGUGAUUAGUCCAUUACUGUACUUAAUUGUGCACGGGGUGAUUGCCCAUAAAGAGAUGCGGUUUUUAUUGCCUAUGCUGCCGUAUAUUAACAUAAUUAUUGCGAGGGAAUUGAAGAAUUUAUGGUGCAGUGAUAAAAAAAUAACUGAAAGUUUUAAAAAUCAAAAUUUUAGUAUUACCCAAAAGGGAAGUAUUUUAAUUAAAAAACUGUUAUUUUCAAAAUACGUUUUCAUAGGAAAUUUAAUAAUCGGGAUAGUAAUCGGAUUAGACCAUCAAAACAUAUCAAAACCAAUAGAUUACCUUAGGAAUGAAUGUUUCCAAAGACUCUCCUCCAAGGAUUCACCGAUCUUCAUACUUAACACGUUCACCCCGUACAUGCUCCCACUGUCCACGUACUUGGGCCAUAAAAGGGUCAUCACACGGUCGCUGGACAAUAACCCGAAUAUUUUAGGGGUGAUCGGGCACCUCAACAGGAAGCAGAGGUUCAAGGACACUUUGUAUACGCUCAGGAUCGAGGAGUAUAAUACGGCCGAGUCUAAAAUGAUCGAUAAUAUAAUGCUAUUUGAACCACUUGAUUACCACUACAUUAUAAUAAAUAGCAAGUAUUCAACGGAAUUAGAGGGGAAACUGCCUGAAUUCGUAAAAGUACAUGAAUCGGUGCAUAAAAGGGUACCAGCGAAAGAGAGCAUAAGCAUAUAUAAGCAGGCAUUUAAAUAAACC